UCUAGCGUCAACCUUUCGUAGACAGACAACGCAGCGGCUAUGUCGGAUAGCCGGUCUCUUUCUCACAGUAAACUAUAGUAUAUACGUAUAUUCGUAUAUAUAUUCAUUUAAACAAGAAUUUAAUCAUGCACUUUGUGCCUGAAGGAAUAUAUCCCGCAAUGGGGACAUGGAUGGUCUUCUUAUCCCUUUUCAUUACCCAUGUAUUCGCCGGUAAAAUGAAGAUAGUCGAGGAACCGAACACAUUUGGAUUAAACAAUCCAUUUUUGGCUCAAGGAAGCAGACUACAGCCUAAAGUGACUCCUUCUCCAGUGUCAGGCCCAACACACCUCCAUCGGUUAGCUGGAAAGUGCUUCAGUUACAUCGAGUCAACAUAUAAAUAUGAAUUCUGUCCAUUCCACAAUGUCACGCAGCAUGAGCAGUCAUUCAGAUGGAACGCCUACAACGGGAUACUAGGGAUCUGGCAGGAGUGGGAGAUCGCAAACAACACUUUCACAGGCAUGUGGAUGAGGGAGGGGGAUGCGUGUGGAAAUAAAAACAGGCAAACCAAGGUGGUUCUCAUCUGCGGUGGAAGCAGCAAACUGGCGAGUGUAUCGGAGCCCAGCACCUGUGUGUACACUCUGACCUUUGAGACCCCACUCGUCUGCCAUCCACAUUCUCUGUUAGUUUACCCAACUCUGAGUGAGAGACUGCAGACAGAAUGGGAUGAAGCUGAACAGGCUCGAUACGAGGGUCUGAUUACGGAGCAAGGGUACAACAACUUGCUGAAAGAUAUUUUUGAAGAUGCUGGUUUCUUGAAGAGCCAAAAGGUGAAGGUGAAGCUGGAUGUCAAAGCACCCUCGAAAACACACGACUCCUUUCAGAAAUGCACUGAGGACUUCCUCAAACAGAGGGAAGAAAUUGAGAGCCUGCGCGCCAUUCUCACUCAACACAACAUACCGUUUGAGACAAACGCACGUGAAGUGAAGAGUACCGUCAGUGUGACAGCUCAGAGCCGACACCUGAGAGGAGACACCGGCCUCAUUGCAGAUCAACAGGGAUAACCGGCUUCCUUUUCAAAAUAAUGUUUGUACACGUUUUGAUCGGUGUUCAGUAUUGAAACUGCUGACAUUGGUUAGUGGUAUGACCGUCAGCACGUCGCCGCGAAACUGAACAUUUCAACAACAAGCAUCUCAAGAUAAGUGUGAAGUGAUUUGUGGACCAGUGAAGAAACAUCUUUUGUAAUACAUACUUCCAAAUCUAAAUUGGAUGAAGAUCUGAAAAUUAUUUAUAAUUUAUUGCCCAUCCCUUUGGAGAACUGCAGAGGAACUUUCAAAGCCAGGACUUCAGGACUAUCUACAGGAGUAAAACAGCAAAGGUGACUGUUACAAAGAUUGCCAAUAUGGUUUUGGGUAAUAAAUGAGUACUGUAU